UGACAGACGGGUUGAACCCCAAGCCAAGUCCCAACUGCUGGGAGCCGUCAGGAGGGGGCAGUGCGGAGAUAACACCGUAUGUACGGCGGAGUUAUUCAGGAGCACCAGCAACUAGCAGGCUCGGGCCUCAGUAGGGCUGAGUCUGGCUGACUGAGUCGCUGACUCGCUUCUAACGAAGGAGUAAAGGCGUGCUGUGCUCGGGAAAUAGGUCUAUACGAUUUGCUGCCUAGCAACGAAAUGGAAAUGCUGUCGGGCCGGGGUUUACGGGAUUAUACGCAGGACUUUGGAGAUCUUCAAGAGAGUCGUGUUGUCCCCAGGUGCCAGCCGAGAAACGGCAAUAAUGUUGUCGCCUCAAGGUUUGUUGUCAGGCUGUUGCACAAGAGGGGUUUGGGGAGUGGAACACCGUGUCUCCAUUGAGUCAAUUGAGUUACACAAGCCUGGAGGCUUAUCAGGAUUUUAUCAGCGUUCAACAACUGUCUUGCCACGUGCAGUGAGAGAGCUGGGGUGGGAACGUGUGCUGACUGGUUGCUGGUGGACAAGUGAAAAGUCGUACAAUGUCUGUCAGUUCAAGAUCUCAGAGGCCAGCCGUGCAUUUCAUAUUGGUAACGAAGAGGGGGCGGGAGCAUCGGGGUCUUUCCAUAGUAGACGCCGAAUAGUAAGCACGUGAGGGGGUCAUUGCUUGCCAGAUUUCUUGAUGUUGGUUAGUGUCGCUGUUAUACACGUAUGGUGUGGGAGAUUCACAAUGAAGUGAUAUGUCAUCAUCUUGAUCAUCAUCCCAUAAGACAAGGUUUUAUAUUAAU